AUGGAUUCAUUUGAUUUGUUUUUCUGCAAUGAUAAUGCCGAAUUUUUGAACGACACAUGGCCUGAAAACCUUUGGCUACCACCUCCUAUGGAGAAACCCGCAACACCACCUACUUCUCCCCAGCAGAAACCAAAAAACAACACAGCCCACAACAUCAUUGAACGGCGAUACCGGAACAAUAUCAAUGAUCGCAUCAGUGAGCUCAAAGAUGUGGUUCCUGCCUUACGCCAUGCCAAAGUAGGCAAGAAGCGAAAGGCAAGCAGCAGCAGCGAUCCUGAUGAACAAGAGGAAUACAUUGAUGGCGUUGCAGUGGCAACCAAGCUCAACAAGGCCACCAUCCUCAAAAAAGCGACCGAUUACAUUCACCAUCUCAAAUACACCAACGACCAGUUGCAGCAAGAAAAUGUCUUGUUGCAGCAAUGUCUACAACGGUUGCCAGGAGGAUCAUCCGCCUUUACACAAUUCCAAGCAUAUAAGCUGCAGCAGCAACAACAACAACAGCAACCCACGUCUACUACGACGACUUUACCAUUUGCCACAGCAUCAUCAUCAUCGUCAUCAUCAUCAUCCUCACCAUCCGUUUCUACUACCACUUUUAUGGCACUCUUUUUGUGCAUGUCAUUUUCCCUUCCUGGUAGUCAAUCCGCCAACCACACUGCAACUAGCACCGUGCCAUCGGAUGGUGGCAGUGGUGGAGGUGGAGGUGGUCUUUCAGUGAUGCGAUUGUUGUUGCUUAUCCUCAUUGGAUUAUUUUUACUUUUCCCACACCAUUCGCACAAGCACAAAGAACACCCAAAAUAUACUGAUACCCUUCCUCAACGCUUUUUACCAUGGCAUGUGUUCCUUCAAGUUUUACGUCUUGUCAUUCGGCACAUGGUGGGCGUUGAUAUUCAUAGCACAACGCCAUCGUCACAAGAACCCAGCUGGCUGGAUACUUGGAUUCACAAUGACAAUGAUCCUGAUGACGACCAUGAUGAUGAUGAUGAUGCAAGCCAUAGCAACAACAACAACAAGAAGGAAAGCCAAUUGGCCCGUGUGUAUGUAUGUGUCCGCAUGAUUAAUUUAGCCGAGACGAUGGAUGCAGUUGACAUGGUGCAAGUGUAUGCAACAGCUGCUUUACGCAUUGACCCAGUCUCAAGAUGGAUAGCACGUUACUUGUGGCGACUUGCCAUGUAUGAAAUGACCGAAGACCAUCCUUUGCACUCCUUGACAUGGGAUGUUCACCAUCAAGCGGAUGAUGAUGCCAUGUUGGAUACGAUGCUCGAUUCUCAAGCGUGGGCUGAGACAUUGGCUCAUACACGACCCACAUUACAGCGUCUUGCGAGUCUUCAUUUACUUGAUAAUCUUCGUACAGAAUUUGCUCGACUUGUUAUUUCCAUCACAUCACCACCCACAUCGACGACCACGCAUCCUUUCCAUCCUCUUUUAAUGGCAGCCACUUCUUUAUCAUCAUCAUCAUCAUCUACGACAACAACUACAUGGCUUGCUGCUGUUGGUGUAGCUGUGGAAGCAUUAUGGCGAUCCGAUGCGAGUCAAGCACAUGAAGCCAUUGCACUGGUUCAAAAAACGGCGCGAACGACACUAGGUCACAAGAUGGUCCAUAUGCUUUCAGGGGCUAUGGCGAUGAUUGAUGAUGGCGAACAACAUCAAGAUGAUACCGAAACAGCCGUACAACGACUCCUUGAAGCAGAAGCGACACAACAGUAUAUGAAACGUGUCGUACGACGACGUCGUGUACAAGGCCUUGAUAGUGAAGUCCUUGCCUUGGCAGAGUUUGUUGUAUGCCUUGCUGGUUUACAAGCAUGGAUCGAUGUUUGGCGACAUCAUGCAUGGGCAGCUUCACAUGUUAAGGAUUUAUCACUUACUUUGCGCCGUAUGAUGCGUUGCUCAUCCCUUGAAAAGUUACCUACCCAUCAAGUGCUUGUGGAUCGUCUCUCACGUCUCGGCAAUUUCGCUGGUCAUCCCGUGGAUGAUGACGAAGAAGAAGAUGAUGAUGUGGAUGAACAACAACUCGAUUGUCAUGCUGAUAAAGCCAUCGCCAUCUUACAUGGUUUCAUCUAG